AUGGCCUCCACUGCCAGCAAGAUCCCUAAGGCGGGCAAAGCUAGCCAGGCCAACCCACCUCCACCGGGCAAAAAACGCCCCACCAGCCGCGACGGGAACCAGAAGCCCUCCAAAGUUCCCAAGACAUCCUCUGGACCAGACCAGCCCGGGGAUCCCAGCAACUUUGGCACAUUUGUACGGACCAAUCUGACCGAGACCCGGCUAGCCGGCUAUCUCGGCUUUGACUGCACCAGCCAGCUGCGAGCCUUUCUGCUGACAUGGCCCGUCCUUGAUGCCGUGGUGACGUUUCACCAGAACACAACAAAUCAUUUCAAUGGGGUAAUGGAGAUGAUUCUCAAUCAUGAGGAAGUACUGGCCGCCGAAAUCCUCAACCCCCAGGCCGGCGAGCAAGGAGACGAGGCCGACGAGGAAGAAGACUCUCUUGAGGGAGAGAAGGCAGCCACCAAGCGCGUCAUCGCCAAAUCUCUCCUCAAGCUUGAAAUAGCUAUUCGCGAGAUGGGAACGAACGAUCCUGCAGAGAAUCGCAUUCAAUUUGACCGGGCGACGGCUGAAUUCAAAAAGAUAUUCCAUAAAGACGUUCCGGAAGAAGUUGCAAACCUGCCCAUCGUCCUCCCUGCUCUGGGCCCACUUGAAAACGAGACCCGCAUGGAAUCAAUCAACAGAUGCUUGCAGCUGACCCGUCAUUUUCUCCAUGACAUCCAGUUUCAGGGCAAAACUAAGCGCACGUCCAAGAGCAACCCAAAGGGCACUGCAAAAGGCAAACCCACCUGGCGGUUAAGAUUCGCGACCUUGGGUAGAGUUACACGCAAAGCAGAAGUCCCAGUGGCCAGCAUUCCAUCGUUUAUGCGAUGGGUCGAGAGCGAACCGAUCACUCAGGACCAGCUCGCCAAGCAGGUUGCGGAAAGACUGGAUGAAAGUCCGCUGUUGUCCAGAGUUGACAUGAAAAUUGUGUGGGACAAAGAGAUUCUCACCGAUGACAGAGACUUUUUGAUCUCUGAGUUGAAGAAGGUGAAGGCAAAGGAUAUGCCGAGCGAGUAUUUCAGCAAACCCAGCCAUGAUAUACGACUUUUUACCUCCAAAAGACAGCUUCGUCAAAUGCUGCGCCAGAUGUUCCUAUGUCCCCCUGUGCGGCUCGAUCCUUGUGUGAUGAAACUGAUUGGAAAGGGGGCAAAGCGUCACCUGAGUGUCAACAUCAACCGGGAAAGGUGGGACUCGGUUGUAGCAGAACUCAAGAAUCCCGCAUAUUCGGAGUUCGAGCUCACAGUCCAAUUUGAUGCAUGGAAUGAAGCAUCUGGGGAAGACUACCCAGAGGACAUUGUUCUGUUGCCCGAGCUUGAAUAUCUCAUUACGGACGACUCUGCUGAGCCUGAUGUUUCUGGUACCUUACACUCUGAUGAGGAACAGUCGCUUGCAGCCUCGGCAAUUUCAGGGAUGAUCUUCUCGGGAAGGGUUUCGAUUAGAUAA